AUGAGUUAUCGAUACACAGAUAUAUUAUCCCUUCUUGUUGCUGUUUUAGCCACCACACAUUUUCUAUCAUCGAAUCUGGAGUAUGUUAACAACUUCAUUAAGGAGUUUAAGGAUAUCACAUUAUUUCCAAUAUCGAUUAUUACGAGUAUAAAGUUAGAUGGUCAUCACCACCACCAUCAUGGCGAAAAGGCCAAGAAAUUCGACAUAUGUGAUGAUUUUCCGCGUGAUUCUGUGCCUGCUGAUACCAAUAGCACGACGACUUUUUGCGUUGAUCGUAAUGGAUGUUGUAAUUUUACGACUGUCCAAUCAGCAAUUGACGCAGUUAUCACGAACAACCCUAAAAGAACUCUCGUAUGGAUUAAUAACGGCAUUUACUUUGAAAAGGUAGUAAUCCCUAGGACGAAACCAAAUAUAACGUUUCAAGGGCAAGGAUAUACUUCGACAGCAAUUGUUUGGAACGAUACGGCUAACUCAUCGCAUGGCACAUUCUACAGUGCCUCCGUGCAAGUAUUUUCUACAAAUUUCGUAGCUAAAAACAUUAGUUUCAUGAAUGUGGCUCCGAUACCUAAGCCAGGAGACGUCGGAGCGCAAGCAGUAGCCAUUAGAGUAGGAGGAGAUCAAGCUUCAUUUUGGGGGUGUGGAUUUUUUGGAGCACAAGAUACACUUCAUGAUGAUAGAGGUCGACAUUACUUCAAGGAUUGUUAUAUCCAAGGUUCAAUUGACUUCAUUUUCGGCAAUGCAAAAUCGCUAUAUGAGGAUUGUCAGUUGAUCUCAAUGGCACCACCGGUACCGGUAGGACAAAAGAGCAUAAACGGAGCAGUAACAGCACACGGAAGAGCAUCUGCGGAAGAAGACAGUGGGUUUGCGUUUGUGAGAUGUAGUCUCGGUGGUACGGGAAGGAUAUGGUUAGGGAGAGCAUGGAGGCCUUUCUCUAAAGUUAUUUUCGCUUACACGUAUAUGACUGACAUAGUUGCGCCUGAAGGUUGGAAUGACUUUAAUGACCCCACACGAGAUCAGAGUAUAUUCUAUGGAGAGUAUAUGUGCACGGGUGAUGGAGCAAAUUCAUCAAUGAGAGUUCCCUAUGCCCAAAAGCUCAAUGACACUCAAGCCUCUCUUUUUCUCAAUGCUUCUUUUAUUAAUGGUGACCAAUGGUUGCAAACAUAAAUCGUAUCAAUUAUUUGCCCCACUAAAGAUGUUAUUUCAUUCAACAUAGUAUUACGUUUUAAUUUGUAUGUUUGAAAUACUACAUUUCUUAUUUCUUUUAAACCACAAAUUUCAAAAGAAGCCCAACUAUGGCACUAGCUAGAAACUUAAGGGAGACAAAACUAUACAACCAUAUAUACUAUACAAACUAG